AAUUAAUACAAAAUUUCAAGUUAAUUUUAAUAUCAAUCUUGCCAGUUGAAAAAAAAAUUCUCAAAAUGCAAAUUUUACAAAGAAAUCUAUUAAAGUUAAUGAAACGAAAUUUUACCUACCCUACGUUACUAGAUUCCAUGACCAAAAUUUCUGUAUUAGAAAAGAAAAAUUUUAGUUGUAAGAAAAAAACUACAAAAAUUAAAACCAAGCAAAAACUUUUGAAAUUUCCCGCUCUUAAACUUGAAGAAACUAUACCGAAAUUUUUAAAAACCGUGCAACCACUUUUAUCAUGUGAAGAAUUUGAGGAAGCUAAAUGUCUGACGAAUGAGUUUGCCACAGGAGAAGGGGCAGAAUUGCAAAAGCUCUUAGAAGCUGUUGCUAACAAGGAAGAGAAUUGGUUGGCACCAAGGUGGUUAAAAGUAGCUUAUUUAGCAUAUCGGGAACCAGUUACCGUUUACUCAAGUCCCGGCAUGACUUUUCCCUUAAACAAAUUCAAAAACCAAGAUGAAUAUUUUAUGUAUACAGCUAAAUUAAUAAUGGCUUUAAUUAAAUUUAAAAAACUGGUAGAUGAUGGCAAAAUGCCCAUAGUAAAAAUGGGUAAAAAUGAAUUAGAUAAUUCACAAUUUGGAGCCGUUUACGGAACAUGUCGCAUACCUUUGGCUGGUAUAGAUGGUUUAGAAUAUAAUCCAAAAUCAGAGCAUGUUACCGUUAUACAUAAAAAUUAUUUCUACAAACUUCCCGUUUACAAUAGAGAGGGUAAAAUUUUAAAUGCUGAUGUUUUGUGUAAACAAUUAAAAACUAUAAGCAAUUGCGAUAAAGACUUUGGACCACCCAUAGGCCUAUGCUCUACCGAUAAGCGGGACAAUUGGGCUAAAGCUUAUAAACAAUUAAUAGAAUCCCAUGUUAAUUGUAAAAAUAUUAAAAUUAUACAAAAAUCUUUGUUUACUGUGUCAUUGGAUCAAGAAAUAUCUUUCGAUGAAGAAAAUAAAUAUGUGAUACUUGGUCAGCAAUUAAUACAUGGAGGUGGUGCAAAACAAAAUAGUGCAAAUAGAUGGAUGGAUAAAACUAUACAAGUAAUUGUCAAUCCUAAUGGCAUGAGUGGUUUUUGUUAUGAACACUCACCCGCAGAGGGACAGCCUAUUGCCAUGAUGACCGAUUAUGUAACUAAAAUUUUGUAAGUAUUUCUUUCUUGAGGUACCACUAGCAGCAGGGAGAAAUAAAUGUCUGUUUGAAACUAUAGACCCAAAGAUUCCGAAUUUAAAGAUGGCGUUUCAGAUAACUAUGAUUGUUUUUCUAAAAUAGAAGUAACUGAACCAGCGAAUGGUAUGAAAGAUAAAUUUAAAUUAGCAGAACAAAAUAUUAAUGAUUUGGCCUGUGAUAUGGAUCUGUAUAUAAAACAUUAUAAGACCUAUGGUAAGGAGUUCUUAAAGCAACAAAAACUAAGUCCUGAUAGUUUUAUACA